ACAGUGGCUUUAACUAUUGAACGUGAUGAUUUGUGAACGUGACGGUUUGUGAAUAUGAUAGUCACCCUUUAUAAAUCACUUGUAUUCAAUUCUACCUUUUAGAUCACAUGAAGACACUGGAAGAAGAAGGAUCUUCACUUGAUCGUUUAUAUAAAGAUCAAAACGUUGUGUUGAGAGGCUAAAGUUGAUUUUAGAGAGAGGAGGGUGAUCAAGGAAAUCUCCAUGAUGAGAAAUCUAGUGAUAAUAACGUACCUGAUUCUAGUAUUUAGAUUCAAAGUACAAGCACAGUCAGAUAGUGAAAAUGACACCUCUCACGUGAUGACAUUAAGUAUGGUUUUGGCUCAAGAAUCUAAAAUGAAUGGUGUGUACUUGCUGAGAAAUAACUCGUGUAAUAUACCUUAUUACGUUGGUCCAUACAUCGUGUAUCCAACCGAGUCCGAAUCGACAUGUCCACAAGACCACCACGCUACCAGAAUAUAUCGUACAAUAAAUGGUACGUGUAAUAAUGUUCUCGAGCCCCAGUUGGGCCAAUCUAAUGGACGAUUCAAGAGGUACCUACAGCCUGAAUACGCAGAUGGCUUUUCAAGACCAAGGAUAUACUCGCAAGAGGAGAUAUGUACGGACUACUAUGGAUACUUUAGAAUAUGUCGCGGUAGACAGUUGUUACCAAGUGCCAGAACAGUCAGUGCUGCCAUCCAUACAGGAAGUAACAUCUCAUCAAUAAACACGGUGAUGCUCAUGCAGUGGGGUCAGUUUUUGGACCAUGAUUUUACGGCUGCUGCUAUUAGACAACCUGAAGAAGAAGAUGCAUGUUGUAAUCAUACUGACGUCAUGGCUGGCAACCUUCACCCUGAUUCCUUCACAAGUGAUGGACAAUGUUUUCCUAUUCCAAUUGUUCAAGAUCCAUCUGAUCGUCAUUUUAACAGGACAUGUAUGAACUUCGUCCGAUCUAAAUCCAUAGAUGAACAUAUUAGUUUUUUUAGGCCGCGAGAGCAACAGAAUUUAUUAACAGCUUUUAUAGAUGGCUCGAAUGUUUACGGUAGUGAUGAUACCACAGCAAGUCAUCUUAGAGGACAAAACGGACGGAUGAAGACAUCAGGCAAUAAUUUAUUACCACGUGGUAAUGAUGCUGACUGUAUAAGAGACAACGCCCCUUACUGUUUUGCUGCUGGUGACGAACGUGUUCAUGUUUUCCCUGGGUUAACGGCCAUGCACACAGCCUUCGUGAGAUUACAUAAUUAUAUUGUUGAGAAAUUAGACACUCAUACCAACUGGGACGGAGAGAAACUAUAUCAGGAGACGAGGAAGAUUAUUGGAGGGCUUUUACAGAGGAUAACUUACACUGAGUUUUUACCUGAAAUAUUGAACAACUACACAAUGCACAAGUAUAGGUUGGUAGAGGGCGGUUACCAAUACAACCCUAACGUCAAUCCAUCUAUCUCCAAUGUUUUCGGCACGGCAGCAUUCAGAUUCGGACAUUCUCUAAUUCCCGAUUUCCUGGUAAUCGAUGGUCAAGAAGUACCAUCUAGAAAACUGUUUAACAAUCCGCAAUAUGUGUUCACUAGUUUAGAUUCUAUUGUCGCCAACCUUUUGUCCAGCCCGGCCCAGAUGAGAGAUCGUUUUGUGACCCGUGAGGUUUUGGAUCAUCUCUUUGAAAGGAAUGGUAUCGGAUUCGAUCUACCGGCCUUUAAUAUCCAGCGAGGAAGGGAUCAUGGGUUGCCGUCGUACAACAUGUUUAGAUAUUUCUGUGGUUUGCCGGAAGUUACGGCGUUUAAUUCCAGCCAUCUUGGUAAUGCCGGACCUUCUCUUCAGGAGGUCUAUGCGCAUGUUAAUGAUAUUGAUGUAUUCGCUGGUGGUCUAUCAGAACCAAAUUUACCCGGUUCAAACCUUGGUCCUCUAUUUUCCUGUAUAGUUGCCCAGCAAUUCGAAGAUUUGAAAUAUGGAGACAGCUUCUGGUAUGAGAGACUAGGUCAACAGAGAGGAUUUAGCGCCUCUGAACUGGCAUCUAUCAAACAAAUCAGUUUAUCCAAGAUUCUCUGUCAAGUUUUUAAUUUGGUUAAAGUCCAGAGAAAUCCAUUCAAGUUUGUAACAACUACAAACCCUGAAGUCCUUUGUGACAGUUUAGAUGAGAUUGACCUGACGCCUUGGUAUUUAAACUGAAAACGGACAUCAAAUAUACAUUAUGCAAGAGCUAAAUCUGCCUAUUGCAGUCUAUCUUUAGGCCUGAAAUGUUAUCUAAAUUAUUAAUUAGGCAUUAAUUAAGUUAUCCAGACCAUAAUCAACUCUUGGUGUCAUCGCUAGCCUUCGAUUUUACUGGAUUGGAAUCCGAUCUGCUACUAAACCCUCAUUGAUGAUUAAAUCAAAAAUGGAUAAUCGAGACUAUGUUGCUUUAUCGUACCGACUUUAGUAAUGAUAAUCGAGGCUAGGCCUAAAAUUCAAUCGCUAAAAUCUGGGUUCAGAGUGGAGGAAUUUGACUGAAAAUUUUAGCAAAUACCCUUUACAUUAUCUAUUUUUUAACUAUUACAGUGAGAACUGCCAGCUCUUUUUCUAAUCUCACAUAAUGUAUUUUUAAAUAUAGUAAAAUCAGUUAUAAUACCAAA